AUGGGACUACCAAAACCCCCCUCCAACUUAACAUCUCUAGCUUCUUUCUUCUUGUUACUCUUCAUCACCAUCCACCAAUCACUUUCGGCACGAACCCUUGGCGGUUUUCCAUCACCGCCACAACCCCCACCAAAGAGCCACCACCACCAUCAUAAGACAAUGAGUUUCUACAUGCCAAAUGUUCUAAAUUUGAACUUACAACACCCCUCAACCACACCACCACCAACUAAAGUCAACGGUCAAACCAUUCCCUUUUCGAAACCGUUAGGCCUUUUUCCACCGGUAGGAGGAAUCCCUAUUCUUGAUUCCAAUUUCAUCCCAAGGCAAACAUCUGGCUUGUAUGGAUUUGGAAGUGGGAUAAGCUUUCCUAUCCUCGAAGAUGAAUUGGAAUUUGGUAUGGUUAACAUAAUUGAUGUUGACUUAUUAGAAAGCACAAAUAUGUAUGGCUUGAAGCCUUUUGGGAAAGCGAAAGGGAUGUAUGUCUCUAGCUCAGAAAACAGAAAUAACCAAAUGAUGGCGAUGAGAACAAGCUUUCUUAACAAUGAUUUUGCAGAUGAGUUGAGAUUUUUUGGAGUGCAUCGAGCAGAUGUAAAUCAGGAGUCUCAUGUUGCAAUCAUUGGAGGCAUGGGGAAAUAUGAUGGUGCCAACGGAUACGCAACAUUAAAGGUUGUUAAACUAAACCAGAAAGCUAUAAAAGAAGAUGGGGAGACAAAUGAUUUUCUUUUGGUAGAUAUUUACCUAGGUUGA